CCGCCCGGCGCCACCGGCCGGCACUGGCGCCGGAGGCAACCACAGCUCGUUAGCCAGCCCAUGAUGGCAAUCGCGGUCGGCCACUUCCACAACGUCGACCCCCCCGACGUGCGGGGCCGGCACUGCCGCCUCCACUCCGUCGCGCAGCUCGACAGCCCGCUGCUCGGCAGGGACCACCGGGAGCACGGCGACGCCGCCGCCGGAGCGGGCCACACCGGCCUGUCCCCGCGGCGCCGGAGCCAGUCCUCCCCGUGCUUCACGACCGUCGCGCCCGCCGGCGCGGAGCACGCGGACCGCUCGGAGGGCAAGGUGCAGCGCGUGGAGAUCGUCGCGGGCCGCCACGCCCGCGGCGUGCGCGAGCUCAUCGCGGAGGCCGCGGCCGCCAUCGCGUCGGGGACGCGGCUUGUCCCCGCGCAGAGCGGCCUCGGCGGGGCGCUGCUGCUCACCGGCAGCCGCGACGGCGAGCACGUCGCCGUCAUCAAGCAGCUCGACGACACCGCGGCCGGGAACGGCGGGUACGAGAGCCAGGCCGUGCUGCGGGAAGUCGCCGCCUUCCUCCUCGACCACGACGGCUUCGCCAGCGUGGAGCCAACCGCGCUGAUCAAGAUCUCGCGCGGCCCCGGGAUGCCGGCGACCAUGGCGUCGAUCCAGCGCUUCGUGGCGCACGAGUACGACGCCGGCGAGCUGGGCCCGUCGCGGUUCUCGGUGGCGUCCGUGCACCGCGUCGGCAUCCUCGACGUCCGCCUCCUCAACAUCGACCGGCACGCGGGCAACAUCCUCGUCAAGAACCCGCCGAGGAGCAGCCGCAGCGCGUCCGCGCCGCCGCCGCCGCUCGACCUUGUGCCGAUCGACCACGGCCUCUGCCUGCCGGAGCAGCUGGACGACCCGUACUUCGAGUGGCUGCACUGGCCGCAGGCCUCGCUGCCCUUCUCCGACGACGAGCUGGCGUACGUCGCGUCGCUGGACCCGUUCAAGGACGCCGAGACGCUCCGCGCCCAGCUGCCGUCCCUCAAGGAGCCCGCCAUCCGGAUCCUCACCCUCUGCACCAUCUUCCUGAAGCGCGCGGCCGCGGCGGGGCUCUGCCUCGCCGACAUCGGCGACAUGAUGACCCGCGAGUUCAUGGCGCAGGAGGAGGGGCUGAGCACCCUCGAGGCGCUGUGCAGGCAGGCCCACGACUCCGUCGUCCUCCCGUGCCCUCCACCCGACGGCGACGGCGUCGACGAGGGCGCGGCCUCCUCCGGCGGGCGGAAGCACGUGUCGUUCGGCGACCUGAGCUCCGCGGAGUGGGCGGCGUUCCUCGAGACGUUCGAGCAGCUGCUGGCGGCGGCGCUCGAGGCCAAGAAGCGCGCUGCACUACUGCCGCCGCCGCCGCCGCCGACGACGACGACCUCACCCUGAUCGAAGGCAGCUGACCGCACCGUACUACUAGUCUACUAGCACCGAGCUUGUACGCGCACGCACUAGCUACCGUGUCUCUGGAAGCCUUUGCGUCUGCGUAGGGUACGACGAGGAGGCCGUGUAAAAGAGGAGACGAUCCAGAGCUUGUACGGUGGCAUGCUGUUGGGAGCAGCCCUGGAACACCCUUCACAGAGACGCUGACGUGUCGAGCAAUGCAACAACGACUC